CGCGCCGACUGCACCACACGGCCAGGAGAAAGUUUCGGCAGCGGGCGAACAGCUGCCACAAGUGCGGAGCGCGAGCUAAUGACUAUCCGCGGGCGCGCAAGAGGCGCCGGCGAGAGUCGAGGAACAGUGGGAGUGCAGAGCGGCCCAUGAGAACUCAGGCCCACGAGAGCAGCUCGUCGUGGAGCUGUGAGCUUGCGGAGAAAGCAUUACGCAAGCCAUAGGCCGCAGAUGCAGACAAUGGCAGCAUUGUUGCAGCGAGCGUCGGGGUGCAGAUCGGCGCGCUGGCCCCUUCCAGAGGCGCGCAGCGCGCGCCCGAGAUCGGCGGAGAAAGAGAGCCAGCGCGCCGCCGGGGGAGUGGAGCGCGGAGAGCGGAGAGCGGAGAGCGGGGCUAUAAAGUCUGCCGCGGCAGCUUUUCCCGGGACAGACGUGCUCUCGAGUGCCCGUUGCUCGGUCGCUGUCGACGCGCUCGUUAGCCAUGUGGCGGCUCAUAUUCCUGGCAGCUCUACUCGGCGACGCGGCCGCUCGGCCGGACGAGCUUGCCGCAGUGCAGUCCAACGCCAAGAGGUCGGCCCUGUCAGCCUACGCAGCGCAGCAGCACUACGCCGAGGCGACCCAGCAGCAGAUCCCCGAGGAGUACCUGGUCCUACUGCAGCGUUACCUCGAGUCCGCGCAGCCGGCGCCGCCGGGGCCGGCCGCGCGGCCCACGGCCCUCGAGCUGGAGCAGUACCACGUGGAGACGAGCCCGCGCGCGGCGCUGCCGCAGCUCCAGCAGCCGCUGCGGUACUACGAGGCGACGCCAGCGGAACCGCAGCCGCAGCCGCCGCCGCAGCCGCAGCCGCAGCCGCAGCCGGAGCCCGGCCAGCUGCAGUACCACCGCAGCGUGCCCAUCCAGUACGGCUACGAGGACGAGCAGCAGGUUCAGCGCGAGCAGCAGAGUCCAGCGGCUAUCGUGCGCGCGCAGGCGCAGGCCCAGGCGGCGGCACUGGCCUUCCAGAAGGUCGCCCAGGCCGCGCACCACAAGCACCGCGAAGCCGCCCUCGAGCAGAUCCGACUGGCCGGCGAGAAGCACCGCGAGCAGAGCGCCCUCGAGCAGAUCCGACAGGGCGAGGCAGUGAGCGAGGCCGGCCUGAAGGAGCGCCUCGCGCCCGCGGACGAGGAGGCCGCCUACAAGGCCCGGCUGCGCGCCCAGGCGACGGCCCUGGUGGCUGAGCAGCGCCGCGCCAAGGAGGCCGCCGAGUACAAGGCCCACGCCGAGGCCAUCCUCAAGCUGCAGGCCCAGCAGCGCGCGCACCUGCGCGCCCAGGAGGAGGCCCAUCACUUCGCGCUCAACUACGAGAAGAACCAGCAGCGCGCCCAGGCGCAGGCCCAGGCGGUGGCCAACGCGCAGGCGUUGGCGCUCUACAAGGCCCGCCAGCAGGCGCUGGCCAAGGCCCAGGCUGAGGCCAAGCAGGCGGCCAAGGCCCAGGCGGAUGCGCGCAAGCUCGACCCCGACAGCGUGCCCGUGGUGCAGUACCUGCUGCCGAACAAGGUGGCCCUGCCGCCGCCCGAGGUCUACUUGCCCAAGGCGGCCGAGGCUCUGCGAGCACAGGCCGCUCAGGAGAAGCGCCUGAAGAAGCCGCUCAAGCAGCUGCUCGUGGAGGAGGUCGAGUCGGCCGACAAGGGAGACGAGCAGCAGCUGGCUUUCCUCGUGGAUGCGGCCUACUACCGUAAGCAGCAGCAGCACCAGCAGCUGCACCAGCAGCAGCAGCAGCAGCAGCCGCGCGCCCAGUACCUCCAGCAGGACGUCGAGGCGGCGCGUUACCCUGCGCAGUAUCAGCAGCUCGUUGACCCCGACAAGCUGGCCCUGCUGCUACCCGUCGAGGCCUGAGUCUCGUCUCCCUCCUGUUCCGCCUUUCUUUCCUCUUCUCGUCUAGCCUCCUCUUCCCGAGCAUCAAAGAAAUCCCGACGAAAGUGCGCAAGGCCGCGAUCGGUAGUCGACACGCGGUGGGCACGCCAACAAGAACUUCCGACCGGCGGUCGACACUUUUUUCGGGUCUUGCGCGUUUUUAUCGGGCGCAGUGCCGGCGCUCCGUUCCGAAAUGCCGUCGGUGCGCUCGGCAAUACGCUUACUUAGUCACGAAUCUUACUCACAUACAAGUAUAUUUAUAAGCCGAGGAGCUCCACCUUUGUAAAUAAUAAUGAGAUAAAUAAUGAAUAAUGGCGUACAGGGCGUCCGACACGACGUUUCAAGUGUACAUACGACCAAGUUGUCUGAAUAAACGU